GUCUCAUGUGACAGCUCAGUGGGAGGAGACAGCAGGUUGUCUCUCUGAACGUGGUUCACUGAUUUCAGUCAGUCUACCGGCUCAUCCGCGCAUCCACUCCGACAUCACCACCAGCACCUGUCAGCUUAUUACACCAUGAAGAUCUGGGCAUCAGAGCACAUAUUCAACCAUCCUUGGGAGACGGUGACCAAGGCUGCUAUGCAGAAAUACCCCAACCCCAUGAACCCCAGUGUGACCGGAGUGGAUGUGUUGGACCGAGGCAUCGACAAACAGGGCCGCCUCCACAGUAAAAGACUUCUCAGCACAGAGUGGGGUCUUCCAUCCAUAGUGAAAGCUAUCAUCGGCAACUCACGAAACUGCGGGUAUGUUCAGGAGAACUCGGUUGUGGAUCCCAUAGAGAAGACUUUUGAACUUCAGUCCUCAAAUAUCACUCUCACUAACAUGGUGUCUGUGGAUGAAAAGUUAACCUACAAACCACACCCUGAGGAUAAAGACAAAACAAUACUGACUCAGGAGGCGAUCAUCUCUGUGAAAGGAGUCAGUCUCAGCAGUUACUUGGAGGGAGUUAUGGCGAGCACCAUCUCUGCUAACGCUGGAAAGGGCCGUGAAGCAUUGGAGUGGGUAAUCAGGCGACUGAAUGCAGAGAUCGAGGAGCUGGCGGCGACAGCGCGCGGGACCAUGCGGGCCCCCAUGGCUGCUGCGGUCACUGAGAAAUGACACCCGCCUCUCUUUGCCAGCAGAGUCUGAGAGAAACUGCACGCCAGUACAACCAGCCUCCCUUUAUGGUGCUCUGAUGCUGAUGAUUCGGUGCUUUGGAGUUUUUGUAUUAUUUUAGGGUACAAUCCAUCCAUCUCAUGUACGUUUUACUAUCUACAUUAGAUAUAUUUUUAAACAGCAGACUGCAACAUAAAGGGAUUCUGUGGAGUGUCUUUAGGGUGGAUGCUGCCUGGUGGGACCGCAGGGACGAGAGACUCAGGGACAAGUUUGAACACCACUGUUAUCUGUGGGUUUGGAAACAUGUAGCAAAGAGGCACUGGAUGAACUGUAAAACAAAAGAAAAGAAAAGUGCCAAAGCAGACACACCGCUUUUUGUCCUGCACCUUUGCCGGCUCAGACCUCAGAAGCCUCCUCUGGCGUGAACUCUGUUUUUACAGCAACCGAGUUAUAAGAAAAAACGGUUCUGGUAAGAUGUGUAGAAGUGACUGUGAGGAAGACUCCUGUUGAAACACAAUGGCAGAAAACAAUGCCUUGUUGAGGCAGGAGUCGAGAGUGCAUGGAUGUGGUUUCGGGUGUCACAGAGUAAAUGGUUUAUUUGUGCAAGAGAGCCAUCUCUUCAACAAUGUUUUCUUGCGGGACCUCAUUAAUAACAAGACGCACUGCACCAGGCGACGUACGUCCGCCUGAAUAUAAACUGUAUUUUGAUGACUAAAAUAUUAUUACGGUAUUUAAGUGAAAUGAAGGGAUCAAGGUAUUUGCCAUAUAUUUAUGUUUUUGAAGAACUGUAGAAGACCUUCUCAAAUGCUGCGCUGGUAUAACUUUGAUAGAAGUGUGGACACUAAACAAAACCUUUUAGUUACAUUUUCAGUUGCACUGUACCUGAACGUGUUUGAUGAACUCAAACAGUUUUAUCAAUCCACACAAACUGUUCCUCGGUUAUAACACGGAGUCCUCUCGCCGGGAUGGCUGAGACCUUUGCGUUGACUUUUAUUUGCACUUACAAAAUAAUACAUUUUAACAAAGAAAAGCUGCUACACAUGCUGACGAUGCUGUGAAUGUUUUGGUAUCACUGUUUGAGAGACAAUUAGCGUUCGAGAAGGUCUUUAUUUAUAUAACGGACAGCAGUGUGGUGAUGGUGAAAGAUUUAGUUUAUUUGAUAUAUAUAUAUUUUUACCUGUAACAGGAAUAUUUAUUUAAAGAAGCAGUGAGUCGCAACUUGGGUUGAGAAAUGUGAUAUCACGUGCUUAGUUAGGGAUUGUAAUGUGAAUAUUUUGUCUGGGUGCCUCUGAAAAGAAAGUAAUGGUUUCACCAACUGCAGAAUGUGGCAAUAAAAUAAAAUAUUUAACCUGUUUAAUAGAAGAUCUUUGCCAGUAAUUCUUCACAUUCGGUCCUAAAAUUGCAAAAACAUUCAAUAUAAGCUAUCCAAUAUUUAACAUGGAGUGGAUAUUUAUCUAAAUGAGUUAUUUUGAAGUAGAAAAAUGGCCUGAGUGCAAAUGAUUCUGCCAAAAUAGUAGCUAAAUUGGGAGGUUCAGUCAAGAGAUGCUCAAUAAAUGCAUUCCAAAAGUAAUUGUUAGCUAAAGGGGGUGUGGAGGUAUAUUUGUGCAGACAGUGCUCCUCUAUACUGUAAUAGUCUACACACUGAAACACCUACAGUAGGCGUAGACCAGUACAACUACAUUCUUUCUAAAGUUGGUCAUCCUUUGAUAUGAAAUGCAGGAGUUACAUGCUGCCACACUGUGGCCAAAUGCUACACUUCCUAUUUCAUCUUGAGAAGUAGGCCUAGUGUAAAGAAAAAAAUAUUUUAUGUAAUGUCAUCUUUUCUGAGUUACUGGCUAAAAAACAUGAAUGGUUGAAAAUAAAGCUAUUUAAAUUAUUGUAA